AUGGCCGGCGGCGCAGCCGUGCCCCCGCCGCCGCGGCAGCUCGAGGUUCGGCGCUUCGCGGCCGACCGCGCCGGAGAGCUACGCUCCCUGCAAGGCGCCGUCUCCGCUCGCGUCGACGGCCGCUUCCAGCAGCACCGCUCCGCCCGCCGCCGCACCACGGGCCACCUCCCCUCCAAGCGCCGCCGCACAAGCAGAGCCGCCGCUGCGGGCGAUGGGCCGGAGGAGGGGAUCACUCCGGUGCGUCAGUCGAGGAGGGUCAGGCGCCGGCGGGAGCUCGCGGGCAACCCCGCGGAGGGGUUCUCGGUCGCCGGCGAUGGCGCACGGCGGCUGCGCACGCACCUGUGGCACGCCAAGAGGUUCGCCAUGGAGAGGCGGUGGGGUUUCGUUCUGCCCGUUGGCGCCCAGGGGAGUGGAAGGGGUUCAAGGGCAAUUCUCAAGCGGUUGAAAAAUGGAACAGUUGUUCAUGAUGCUAGCUAUUUCACCCCGAUUCAACUUGAUGGUCCUGAGGACUCCCUGUUAUCCAUUAUGGGAAUGGUUCUGUGUCUGACUCCUGCAGAUGAAUCAUCUAACGUGAAGCAGCUAAAAGAUGAAGUUAUGCAAGGUGUUUGCUAUGAGAACGCUAUGCUUUGCCAUGCUGGGAAUCCCCACUCUCAAGUUAUUGGACCAGUGACAUACAUGUGGAGACCAUUCUCAAGAGAGAGUAGGAAGUCGGAGGCCAAAGAAGGAGAUCUGUCCAAUUGCCAACCUAGAUUUAAGGAAGGAAGCUGCAGUUCUUUGCAACGCCAGUUAUGGAUAUGGAUCCAUCCUUCUUCGCUGGAUGAAGGGCUGGAUGCAAUAAGAAUCGCAUGUGACAAACAGAUGCAAGAUUCUGGUGUUCUGGUAAACUGUUUCUCACUAGAGGGGAAAAUUGCAAGAUUGGAAGUCAUGGGAUGCAAGGCUAUGCAGUCUCUUAAGAGUAUACUGCACCCAGUUAGCGAGGCACUUAAUACAAGUAAUACAUCUAAACCAACUGAUCCCUCUCUGGAUUCCUCUACUGGACCUCAUCUUUUGAAACAAUCUAUGAUCGAUCACGCUGAGAUUCUUCAGCCCGGUGCUAUACUGUCCAUGAUAGUUCAUGACCCCAGGGAAGUUUCAUUUGAGGCCACAGAUUCUCCUCUGUCAAUAGUUCCGAACCAGGAAAACAAAUUCGUGGAGCGGGGAGACCUAGUUCUAAAUGUUGAUGAGGCACCAUGCGAGGAGGGACACAUAUUGUCAUCAGCACGGUUGCACCCUGGAAGGCACGAUAUGCUCAUUUCUGAUUGUGGAGAAUUGUGGGAUUCUGGCUGUAAGAUAAACCCUCCUGUAACAGAGGAGAUCCAUUGCAUGGAGAAACAACACCAACGUAUAAAGUUUUUCUGUCUGGAUUCUGGAAAUGAUCAAGAACAAGCAGCUCAAGUGAAAGAUUGCUCCAGUCGAUCCUGCCCUAUUAUUCUUCUGAAACAUGCUCAAGAAAGGUGGUCUGUUAUUGUACCUUUGAGCUGGGUAAAGCCUUUUUGGCUCUUUCUAGUUUCUCAUGGUGCAUAUGCGAUUGGCUUAAGAGAGAGACGGUGGAUUGCAUCAAAGUUCAAGAUGCCAUGCUUCCCUUAUGAUUAUCCGGAUAGCAAAGCAUAUGCAUCCUUUAUGACAGAAGUGGCUGCUGUUUCUGACAAAGCAGCUGAGUGCCUCCCUGCUGCCAAGAGACCUCCAAGAGUUCCUGUACCACCUUUAUGGCAUUGUAUCAUAGCUAGUUUACAUGAAGAAGAUAGCACAGUGAGACGUCUUGAAGUAGAUGACUCGAAGCCUUCUGCUAUGGUGUUAACUGAAUGUUGCCCAGUAAAUUCCAACUGUGGAGACUCAGGACCGUCACCAACUGUUGUUGCAUCCGUCCAACUCGUUGUUCCAAGGACCCUCCAAAUGUUGAGACAAUAUGUGAAAGAACUUGAUAUGAAAUCUUUGAGUUCUUCAUCUGAAAUGGAAAUAGAUACUGACCAACCCAAUUUUGUUUCUGGUGGCACUGUCAAGACAACAUCUUCUCUAAAUGGAUUACGUCUUGUAAGGGUCCUGAUCCGAGCGUUCAAGGAAGGUUCUUUUGAAGAGGGUGCUGUUGUUUGUGCCCCACUUUCAUCAGAUCUUGUAGCUUGGAAAACCAGAUCAAAGGAGGAGGAGGAAGAAUGCAUAGAAAAAUGGGAAGUCCAGAUCCCUCAGUCCCAUAUCAGUUCUUAUUUCUCAUCUCUGGAUCCUGGCACCAACGACCUCGAACACCCCAAAGAUGACACCACACGGGAGGCCUUGAGGUGGCCGAUAGGCUUUGUCACGACUGGUUUCGUCCACGGAAGCACUGGCAAAGAUGCUGCUGCGGUUGCCUUCUGCGAAGCAAGGCUGCUAGCAGUGCUGCGGCGACAGCAGUGGACUGAUGAGAGCAUGCAGGGUCGAGAGAUCUGUGUCCUUGUGAGGAACCCGAGAUCGGUGGCGUAUCGACGAGCGCUCGCCACGGUUGUCCUAGAGCAGCAGAAGGACGAUAUAGAGUUUAUGUAGUCUGGUGGAAUAUUGUAUCCUCCAGUGCCAAAAACUUGCAGCAAGCAUUUAACAUGGAAGUUCUUGUUAUGUUAGAUAAUGUACAUGACAAUAAUUUCU